AAGCGAACGCGGCAUUAAAGUGACCCCCCCCCCCCCCCCACCAACCAACCAACCAACCAACGAAACGCGAUGUUGUACGACGCCGCCGCGGCGGGUGACCUUCGGCCGCCGGACGCCUCCGCGGCUCGCGCGCUCCUCCCCGCGCCCGCGACGUCGCCCGACGAGCGCCGGCGGGCGGUGGCGGCGUUGGAGCGGCUGCGGGCCAAGCUGGCCGAGAAAGAGGAGUGGCGGCGGCACGGCGAGCGCGUGGCGGCGCUCAAGGACACGCUGGACAGUCCGCUCUUUGCGCACGUCCUCGCGCUGCAGCGGGCCGUGGCGCAGCUCAGGAAGCAGUUGAGUACGUCUGCGACGACGACGACGACGGCGGCGGAGGCAGCGGAACGCAGCGGCGACGUGACGUUUUCCGCUAACGGCGACCCGACGCUGAGCUCGGCCCCGCCCUCGCCCGAGCGCCUCCGGCGUUGGAUCGCAGCGGCUGCCGCGGGUCGCCCCACGGUGCCCGUGCGCCUGACUCGGCCCCAGUCGGGCGGUCUGGGCUUCAGCGUGGUCGGCCUUCAUCCGGGAAGCGGCGCUCACGAGGUCUUCAUCAAACACAUCCAGCCCGGAGGCGUGGCUCACAGGGAUGGGAAUCUGCGGACACGGGAUCAGAUCCUGGUGAUAAACGGGCGCCCCCUGGAGGAGGGCACCAGUCGGCGUCAGGCGCUCUCUUUGCUGCAGCAGCCCGGCGCCACGGCGGACUUGGUGGUCGCCAGGGACCGCCCGCCCGGGGAAGCGCCCGUCGAAGACGACGCGGCGGCGACGUUGGCCCACGCGGAGGAGAUCCAGCUCGCCAACGACGGCUCGGGUUUGGGCUUCGGCAUCGUGGGCGACAAGACGGCCGGCGUCGUGGUCCGCACGCUCGUCAGGGGCGGCGUCGCCGACAGGGACGGGCGCCUCCGCACGGGCGACCGCAUCCUUCGUAUCGGGGACACGCCCACUGACGGACUCGGCAGCGACGAGGUGGUGGAGGUGCUGCGGGGGUGCGGGGGUCACGUGACCAUGCUGGUCGCCAGGGACGCGUGCGGUCCGAGGUCGCCAGCCCCUCCCCCGCCGGAUUCCGCCCCCGUGUCGGCGCUGCCCCGGCGUCCGCCCAGUAAGAUGCCCAACCUGGACGGCUACGAGAUCCACGAGGUUCCGCUCGCCAAGAAAGAUGGCGAAAGCCUCGGAAUCUCAAUUGUCGGACACAACCCCCUGAGCAGUCAAGAUGCGGUGGGCGUGUUCAUCAAGCACGUGGUCCCGGGCAGCGCCGCCCAUCACAGCGGUAACAUCAGAGUUCAAGACCGACUCAUAGCCCUGGACGGCGUCAGCCUGCACGGUCUGAGCAACCGGGAAGUCGUCGACGCGACGAAGCGGACGGGACGCACCGUCGUCCUCACGCUCGUCCGCAAGAAGAACCCCCCCGCGGAACGCUCCCUGGACACGAGCGCUACCCGGCACGAGUUGAGUUCUUCUCAGGGGACACUGCGGAGGUCACCGGAGUUCAAGGGUCACUCUGUGGAUUUGGACACACACGACACAAGCGACGGUCCUGCCGGGCUUCUGAAGGCCAAGUGGCAGCAAGUUCUGGGUCCCAACUACCAAAUCCUGGUGAUCAGGUUGCAUCCUGUGACGGAAGACGAGGCCCAUCUGCGGCGGUCCUCCAAGCUCCUUCCCGUCCACACGCGUCGUCUGGGCGUCGAGUUGGACUCCUUCGACGGCCACCACUACGUCUCCUCCGUGGUGCCCGGAGGCCCCGCGGACACAAACGGCGUCCUGAGACCGGAGGACGAGCUGCUCGAGGUGAACGACGUGCAGCUGUACGGGAGGUCUCGUCGGGAGGUGGUCUCCUUCCUCAAAGACGUGCCCCCGCCUUUCACGCUGGUCUGCUGCAGGCAACCGACGUCCGACUCGGAAGCGGAAGGAGAACGCGAAGGACCAGAAUGCAGCGUGGACGACUUGGAGAUGAAGUUAGCGUCUGCGCUUUGCAGUCGAGCCAACGAGACGCCCCAGGAAGCUGAGCAACGGGACGCGGAGCAGCAGGUGGACGUAUGGAAAGAUGGAACGUGCGAUGCGCCGUCGUCGUCGUCGUCGUCGUCAUCAUCGGAGGAGGAGGAGGAGGAGGAGGCCCAAGAUGGCGUCGGCCGUGAGGAAGACGACGGCGACCUUCCUCUGUGGUCUUCUGAGGUGGACGUGUUGGAGCUGCACAAGGAGCCUGGCCAAGGCCUGGGCUUCAGCAUCCUCGACUACCAGGACCCGCUGGACCCGUCGGGCUGCGCCGUGGUGAUCCGCUCGCUGGUGGCGGGCGGCGCGGCCGAGCGCGGCGGCGGCCCGUUGCCCGGCGACCGACUGGUCUCGGUGGACGGCGUCCGGCUGGAGCGCGGCGGCCUGCGGCGGGCCGUCGACAUCCUGAAGGGGGCGCCGCCCGGCGCGGUGAGGCUCGGCGUACGCAAGCUGCUGGGGGGUUCCGCCUACGACCUUGGCCAAGGGCAACCGGAGGAAGACGAGGAGGAGGAGCUCAUCCUGGACGCCGGCCCGCCGCCGCAUUCUGACCCCGCUUGGCCGGAGGAGGGCCCGGAGAUGGCGGUGGACGACGAAAAGCAGCAGCAGCCGGCGGCGUCCUCGGCGGGAUCCGGAGCCGUCCGGGAGACUGGCCCAGGAGACGCAGGCCCACUUCCUGAUGACAUGGAGGCGGAGUCCCGAGUCACACGGUCCGUCAGCUCGCUUGACACGGAGAAGCGGAGCGGAAGAGGACCCUCCGCCGCCGGAAGGGGGCACCGGGCCCUUCCUGAGCGCGAGGACGGCGAGGGCCAGGAAACUCCUCCCUUCAGUCACUGGGGGCCCCCCCGCAGGGUGGAGGUGCGCCCCGAGGCGGGUCGGCCUCUGGGCCUGAGCAUCGUGGGGGGGCACCGCGUCAUCAAGCGGCUGAGGAACGGGGAGGAGCUGAAGGGGAUCUUCAUCAAGCAGGUGGCGGACGGAAGUCCCGCGGCCAGGACCGGGGCCCUCAAGACCGGGGACAAGAUCCUCCGGUAUAAUCGCGGAACGUCCGGGCAGGUGUCGGGCGUGGAUCUCGGCGCCGCCAGUCACCAAGAAGCGGUCGACGCCAUCAAGUCCGCCGGCAGUCCGGUCGUCUUCGUGGUCCAGAGUCUGAGCGCUCACCCACGAAUGCCGAGAAUGGCCCCGCCCCCUUACAGGCCUCCCGGCCAAUCGGAGCAGGAGCCGACGCGGGUCCGAGAGCGUUGGCGCGAUCGCUACGGCGACCUGCGGGGGGAGCUGCUGCGCGUGGAGCUGGACAAGGCGGCGCACGGCGGUCUGGGUCUCGACCUGACCGGAAACAGAGACCGUUCGGCUCUCGGCGUCUUCGUGGCGGGACUGCGGCCGGGGGGCGCGGCCGCCCUGGACGGACGGCUGCGCGUCGGAGACCGCCUGCUCCAGGUUAACGAUCGGGUCCUGGACGGGCGGAGCCACCGGAAGGCCUCGGCCCUCGUCAAGAGCUCCGCCUCCAAAGUCGAACUCAUCCUGCUCAGGACCCGGGACGGCGUCCGGCAGACGACGUCGCCUCGCGUAACGAGGACCUCGGCGAGAUCGCCGUGUCGUGUCCUCCGUCAGGGCGUCUCUUCGGCGGGACGGCCGAGCCCGCCCCAAGAAGACGACUCGUCAGGUGACGUCGCCGACGAGCGCCGGAAGAACCAGGAGGAGGCCGGCGACUCGGCGGACCGGGAGGUCGCGCCAGUCAAAGUGUGGACGGCGUAACCCGCCAGCGAGCGAGUCGUCGCCAUCUUGAGGAAACCCGCAGGAAGCGCCACGCUGGAGAAAUAGAAAUACACACGCACAGAUGUACUCACGCGCACAUAAACACAAGUUGUCAUGCUGUGAUUGCACAACACCGGUUGUGACGCGACUGUUAGCCGCGUGCUACGUUAGCACCGUCAUCGUUUUUGACAAGCGGCCAAAUCACGCUACUGCCUUUCACUCGUGAUUACGGCUUGAUUUCGCUUUUUAGCACGACAAGCGCGAGAGUCCCCAACUCGGGGUACGCCGUCGUAAUGCUAACCCGCUCACCAGCUAUAGUAGCUGGCGUCGUUAGCAGCAAGCUAAUGUCACUGCUGCUGUUUUUGUCACAAAAUCUUUGUGGAUUGUUGGAUAAAAUAAAAAAAAUAAAAAAAAAAAAAAA